GGUGAGGCCAGCGGGAGCCGGGCACCGCUUCAUUCGCUCGCCGACCCCGCUGGCCUCGCUUCCUGCUCGUCGCCGCCAUGGCCCAAGCCGACAUCGCCCUGAUCGGACUGGCCGUCAUGGGCCAGAACCUGAUAUUGAACAUGAAUGACCAUGGCUUCGUGGUGUGUGCUUUUAACAGGACAGUCUCCAAAGUAGAUGAUUUCUUGGCCAAUGAGGCAAAGGGGACCCAAGUGAUUGGUGCACAGUCCCUGAAGGAGAUGGUCUCCAAGCUGAAGAAGCCCCGGCGGGUCAUAAUCCUUGUGAAGGCCGGCCAGGCUGUGGAUGACUUCAUUGGAAAACUGGUGCCGUUGCUGGAGGCCGGCGACAUCAUCAUUGAUGGAGGGAAUUCUGAAUAUCGAGAUACUACCAGACGGUGUCGAGACCUGAAGGCCAAGGGACUCCUGUUUGUGGGGAGCGGCGUCAGUGGUGGCGAGGAAGGGGCUCGGUAUGGCCCGUCGCUCAUGCCAGGGGGGAACAAAGAAGCUUGGCCUCACAUCAAGACAAUCUUCCAGAGCAUUGCUGCGAAAGUGGGGACCGGGGAGCCCUGCUGCGACUGGGUGGGGGACGAGGGGGCCGGGCACUUUGUGAAGAUGGUGCACAACGGGAUCGAGUACGGUGACAUGCAGCUGAUCUGCGAGGCGUACCACUUGAUGAAGGACGUGCUGGGCCUAGGGCAUGAGGAGAUGGCCCAGACGUUUGAGGAAUGGAACAAGACGGAGCUAGACUCGUUCCUGAUCGAAAUCACCGCUAAUAUUCUCAAGUUCCGAGACAGCGACGGCCAAGAGCUGCUGCCCAAGAUCAGAGACAGCGCGGGGCAGAAGGGCACGGGGAAGUGGACGGCUGUGUCUGCCCUGGAGUAUGGGGUUCCCGUCACCCUCAUUGGAGAAGCUGUCUUUGCUCGGUGUUUGUCAUCGCUGAAGGACGAGAGGAUUGAAGCCAGCAAGAAACUGAAGGGUCCCCGGAAGGUCCAGUUCGAAGGCAGUAAGGAGUCCUUCCUGGAGGACAUCCGGAAGGCCCUCUAUGCCUCCAAAAUCAUCUCAUACGCACAAGGCUUCAUGCUGCUCAGACAGGCCGCCACUGAAUUCGGUUGGACCCUCAAUUACGGUGGCAUCGCCCUGAUGUGGAGAGGGGGCUGCAUCAUCAGAAGUGUCUUUCUGGGCAAGAUUAAGGAUGCCUUUGACCGAAACCCCCAACUUCAGAACCUGCUGCUGGAUGACUUCUUCAAGUCGGCUGUUGAGAACUGCCAGGACUCGUGGCGGCGGACGGUAAGCACCGGCGUCCAGCGGGGCAUUCCCAUGCCCUGCUUCACCACCGCCCUCUCCUUCUACGACGGCUACAGACACGAGAUGCUGCCGGCCAACCUCAUCCAGGCUCAGCGGGAUUACUUCGGGGCGCACACCUAUGAACUCUUGGCCAAACCGGGACAGUUCAUCCAUACCAACUGGACAGGCCACGGCGGCAGCGUGUCGUCCUCUUCCUACAACGCCUAACGGGGCGCGCCUGUCCCCCUCCUCCGCAGAACGGACAUUCCGUGUGCCACACAGCACUCCUCGGGGCCCUUUGCCCUGUUUCCUGCUCAGAUCUUUUAGCCAAGGGGUAGACGGGACUCCUCACGUUCCCCAGAGCCUCACGGUCCUCCCGCCCUCGGGGGGAAGGGACUGCGUGACUGUCCUCCGCGCGGCUGCAGCUCCUCGGAGAGGGGACAGGCUUUGUGGGUUUGAUCACGCUGCACUUAGGUCCUGCAGCUCUUCUCCCUCCUCCACUCAGUGACGAGACUGCCUUGCCUCGCCCCGCCCCGCCCCACCGCUGCCUUCACCAGCUCCCGGCCACACCAGGUCCUCCCUGUCGGGUAGGGAGGACUGCGCUGCAUGGAGUGCGGUGCAUUCCACGCAGCUGCUCUCCUUCCAGCUGGGUCAUUCAGUCCACCCUCACCCCCGGCCCACACAAGAGACCCCAAAACACAAGACACAUCAGAGGCAGGGCAGGGCGUGGCGGGCGGCGCUUCAUGGGAACACCGUGCGUGU